CCUCAGCGGAUUCUAAAAAAAAUACUUUAUUUAGAGCUUAAUAGGAGGAGGACUCCGCCGGGAUCGGCUUUUAUGUCUGCUGCAGCGUACACGAGUUCCCAGCAAUCCAGAAUUCGAGGCGUGGUUUCUGCUGGAUUCAGAUCUAUUUGCUGCUUCAUCCUCGGCUGCUGAUCCACAAGCCUGCCUGCAAUCUCCGUGCCGUUCGCCGCCAAUCAAAGCUUUACUAGCUGUUCGUACGUCUCAGUCCCCAUGGAGACGGAGGACGGUGGGAUCCAGACGACGCCGGAUCUGCCGCAGGACAUCCUGAUGGCCAUCUUCGCCGCGUUCCAAAUCCCAGACCUGGUGCGUGCCGGCUCCGUAUGCUCCUCCUGGCGCUCCGCCUACGAAACCCUGCGCAACCUCGGGUUGUACAACCAGUCCCAGACGCCAUGCCUGCUCUACACCUCCGAGUCCGACGGCGAGAGCACCGCGCGUCUCUACAGCCUCGUGGAGAAGAAGGCCUACAGGCUGACCCUCCCGGACCCGCCCAUCCGCACCAGGUCUCUGAUCGGGUCCUCCCCUGAAGGUUUGCUGGUUACAGCCGAUGACAGGUCCGAGAUGCAUCUUCUCAACCCCAUCACAGGUCAACAGAUCGCCCUCCCGUCGGUGAUCACCAUCCGGCAGGUGAGCCCCAUCUACGACGACUCCGGCGUCCUCCGCAUGUACAGAUACUCGGCCCGCACUAGGCAUACCGUUCUCGCGCUGCCAGCAAACCUUGCUCUUAGCGAGCUGCGCCACCAACUCCAUCACAAGGCCUUUGUGUUUCCUCUUUCUCAUGACGAUGCAUCCUUAGAAGAAGCAGGAGGACACGUUGUGGUGCUGAUCCACAACCCGUCUUGCCAGCUCUCCUUUGCAAGGGCAGGGGCCGAGAGCUGGACCUGGCUGCCACCACACACCUCCUACGACGACUGCAUGUACAAGGAUGGCCUCAUGCAUGCGGUGACUUCAUGGGGAGAAAUCCAUGGCUUCGAUCUUGCCAGCCCUGCCCCUGUGGCCACCAUGAAGAUCGUUAUGGAGGGGCCAAUGACUUAUAGAUAUCUUAGUAUGUACAUCAUACAAGCCCCAUGGGGUGAUCUUCUCCAGGUUUGGAGAAAAUUUGGGGAUUGUGAUUUAGGAGAUACACCCCAGUCAUCUGUGUUUUGGACUACGGGCAAAAUUAGAGUAUAUAAAGUUGAUGCCGCGGCGAACGAACUCGAGAGAACCAGUUCCUUGCGCGGCCAUGCGUUGUUCCUUGGGCAUAAUCAGUCGCUUUGUCUUCGUACCGAAGAAUACCCGUCUCUUAAGGCGAACCAUGCCUACUUCACCGACGAUUGCAAGUAUUGGACAAUGGGACUCCAGAAUAAUCGCCGUGAUAUGGGAGUUCUCAACUUGGAUGAUAACAGCAGCGAGGAACUUGUGUCUCCUCGCCUUUGGUCCAACCGUCCGGCCCCCAUAUGGAUUACACCAAAUCUCAGAGAGAUAAACUUUAAUUUGGAUAAUUAGUUUGGAGUUAUUCCUUUUGUAAGAAAAAAUAAAUCAUCUAGUUCGUUAGUAAUGGUGAUGGUUCCUCAUCUGGGUUUUACUAUAUGUACACUCCCGAAAUUUCAAAGAGAAUGCUGCAAGUUUAUUCUACUUCUUGUGUAAUUAUCUGUU